AUGUGUGAACAAACCAAACGAUACUUUUCCCCACGUCUUGUUGAUUAUGUCAUUAUAGUUGGUUGUCGGCAUCCGAAUAAAUACAAUCAUGUUACUCAAACACCUGAAUUACUUCGACGCUAUCCAUUAGAAGAUCAUAAAGAUUUCGCUCUACCGCCAGAUGUGAUCUUUUUUUGUCAACCAGAAGGCUGUAUUAACAUUGGCCAUCAACGGACUGGUAUACAACCAAUUACUUCGUUCGUGUUUACAUUGACUGAGAAAGAUUCUAAUCGGCAACGAUUCGGUAUUUGUGUCAAUUUCUAUCGUCAUUUUUCUCGACGAACAUGCACAACUUCUAAUCAUUCUCAGCAGCAUAAGACUGACGGUACGGAUUCGUCGGAUGAUAGCGCUGAUAAAAGUAAAAAUUCAACAGUGAAUGAUCAAGUUGGUGAUGAUGGAAACGAAAAUAUCGAACGAAAACGUAAACGACGAGUAAAAAACAAUACAUUAACAUCCAUUUGUUUGAUCAGUCACCAUCCAUUUUUUACGCGUUUUCGAGAAUGUCUUAUUACAUUAAAAACGCUUAUCGAUGCUUGUAAUGAACGGUCAUGCGCAAAGCGAACUGGUGCAUCGCGAGGAACGUCUAGAGAAACUGUCUGGGGUGUUCUAACAGGACAUGCUUAUGAAUGUACGUCAAGUAUUGUAGCUCAUGAACUUCGAGAAAUUGAAACGUGGAUAUUACGAUUGUUAAGUGCACCAGUUUCCAUUCCCGGCAAAACAAAAAUCUUAAUCGAAACACUUCCGAAUGAACCUCCGAUGUUAUUUGCUCUACCUGAUCAUACACGCUUCUCAUUAGUUGAUUUUCCUCUGCAUUUACCAUUGGAAUUAUUAGGAGUAGACUUAGGUAUACGCGUUUUAACAUUAAUUAUGUUGGAAAGCAAAGUUGUUUUUCAAUCACGAGAUUAUAAUGCAUUGACAAUGAGCGUGUUGGCCUUUGUAGCAUUACUUUAUCCACUUGAAUACAUGUUUCCUGUCAUUCCACUUCUACCUACUUGUAUGACUGGUGCUGAACAACUUUUACUCAUUCCAACUCCAUUUAUAAUUGGUGUACCUGCAAGCUUCUUUCCUUACAAAGGAAUGGGAGCGCGAAGAUUUGAUGAUAUAUGGAUUGUUGAUCUUGAUGCUAAUCAGAUUAUACCGCCUCGGCAUGCUGAGCCAUGUUUCGACAUCCCCGAAUAUGAAUACAAUACCCUAAGCAAUCAUUUGAAACAAGCAUUAGGUAGCAUGUCUUCUGAUACUGAACCAAUUCAAAAUUUUGAUACGAUAUUGAAUGAUAAGUCCUAUGCUACAAAUCCGAAAACGCUACCAUUAAAAACUUAUAAUCUUUUCAUAUACGGAAAUGAUAUUGAUUCAGUGGAUAUAGCAACACGAGUAGCAAUGGUUCGAUUUUUCAAUUCUCCAAAUAUAUUUGGUAAUUUCAAUGAACAUACGAGAACAUUAAGAUUACAUCCACGAGCAGUUGUUGCUUUUCAAUAUACAAGCUUUAUUCGGUCGAGACCAGUGAGAUCAGCGUUCGUUGCUCGUUUAGCAAAAACUCAAGCUGUGGAAUUCUUUGCUGAAUGGUCUCUUUGUCCUGAUAAUGUUGCCUUUUUACGUGUACAAACAGGUGUCUACGAUCCUGCUCUGAUCGGUGAUAAACCGAAAUGGUAUAGUCGGGAUCUAACAGCAAUACAGUUCAAUAUCAUGGAUGAGAACAGUACAUUGGGACAAGCAGUCAACUCUUGGAAUGGAAAAUCGAACGAUGAUGAACAAACGCCAACAGAUGAGAGCGGAAGCGAUUCCGAAGAUGAUAGUCCAAAUUCGUGUUAUUCAUCGUUGAAUGAUUUUGUAUUUGAAAUGCGCAAUAGUGAAAUCUGUGGAGAAAUUCGAGAAAAUAAACUUUAUCCCGAGAAUCAAGAAAAGAGCGCGUUUGUCGAAUAUUCCCAAGUGUACAAUCCACCCGAAGAGCUACAAAUUCCGGAAAGUUUAAAUACAAAGGCCAACACCCAUGAAUCGAAUCCAUUGAUGAGUGAAUCAACAAUCAGUUCGAGUUCGAAUUCAGAUAUUAAUUCUCAACAUCAUUCACCUAUCGACGAGAAGUAUUCCAUCUUAGGUGAUUUAUCAGAAACAAUACUUGAAAUGGAUUCGAAAUCAAGUUCAGCAACCAUCACACCGAUAGCGAAAACUUUUCCGAAACCACUAUUUGACUUAAAGUCAGCACAAUUUGAAACUGAUUCUUCGCAAUCCUCACCCUUACUCAUCCGUCGACAAAUUCGGAAGCAAGAAAGUGACAAUUCGGAAAGUAACAUAUCAAUCAACUCGCCAGAAAUCGAACAAAUAUCUGCCGAAACUGAAUAUAAAACGCCUGAUUCAAUCGCCACAUCGGAUGGUUCAUCGAAACCACAUCCUAAUCGACCACCAGCAAUUUCAUUGUCGAAACCCAAUCGUAGAGUCGAUAGGUCAACUGUGAAUAAACCUAAUACACCUUAUUUCAAUACAAUCAUCGCCAAUCGGCAGCGUGAUUUCAUUCGGCAACAAAGUGUAGAGUUAAAAGCCAAUACACACAGUGAAAAUCAACAAUUUCUCAAAGAAAUUGUCAACAAUAUUCUCGAUGGAUUAGGCAUUGGCUGGUUGAAAAUCAAUCGAGUGAAGAAGUUAAUGGAAGAUGAAAAUUAUCGAAACUUUGUCUUGAGUAGACUCAAUGUGAACUUGGAUAAGAAAUAUGCUGACGAACAUGAUCAUAUUGAAGAUGUGAAAAUCAAUCAAACAGUAUUCAAAGGAAUGACAAAUAUAUUACGUGCUGUUAUUCAAGGUCUCGAAGCAACUUUCGAGAACAAUGGCGUGGGCGGAAUGGCAUCAACGUUUCAAUUGUUAGAAAUUGCUCAUACACACUAUUGGGUAAAGGAUUCAACUAUGCGAAGUGACCUAAGUCCAAUGUCAGAACGAAACAGUCCAUUGAAUGGUAGUCGUGAAAGUUUAGCAUCAGCUGAUCCAGCUAUUUCGCCGAAUAUGGUAUCAAGUACAAUAUCUUUAUCCAAACCAAGUAGUAUUACUAGUCCUACAGCAGCUUUUGUUUCUCAAUUAGGAAGUUUCUGGCGUGAAUCAAAGUCAGUAAUUGCCCGCAGUUAUGCAUCUGCAACUCAAGCAACGAUGGGUUUUGCACCUAGUGUAGAAUUGCAUACGAAUCCAAAACAUUCGUUCUCGCCACAUGCUCCAUUUCAUUCCAGUGUAACUGUCAGUCCGUCAUUAUCAUCGAAUUUUAAUUCCGCUGAGAAAUCCUCACGUUCAAUGAUGAAUCAACCGCUUUUUGCUCAAUCAGCCGAUAUACCGGAUGUUAAUGGUGAUGAUUAUCAGAACAUCGAAAUUCCAUCAGAAGUUGUAUCGAAGUCUGAUGAAACGAGUAAUUCAAAUCUAACAGUGAUCGAGCAACAAGAUCGACCUGAUACAUUGAGUUUAACAAAUGAAAACGUCCAAACGCGUAUCAAUAUCUCACGCAUCAGUUCAACAGCAACUGAUGACGGUAGUGGAAACGAGUCGGCUUUAUCUAGUCGACGCGGAUCGAAGGGUAUGCACCAUUCAACUCGUGAAUCGCCUCAAUGGAAUGCCGAUGAUGACGAAAAUAAAUUGAGAAUUCGACGUCUUUCAACGGCAUCCACAGCCAAAAGUUCACUAUCAGUUGGAUAUAGAUUUCAUAAUGGAUCGUUAAUCCAAGUGGCUGAUAAUAAUAAUCUGUCUACGAACGAUAAACAAUAUUUGUUUGAAGUACUUGUGGGAGGUUCUCGUAGUCAUCUCUGGGAUCAAAUGCAAAUUUGGGAAGAUGUUUUUCUCGAUGCUGUUGCGCAAGAGCGAGAUAUUAUUGGACUUGAUCAAGGUCCAGCGGAAAUGAUGGAACGUUAUUAUUCACUAUCGAAUUCGGAUCGAAGACGUUUAGAGAUGGACGAAGACCGUCUAUUAGCGGUGAUGCUCUAUAAUUUAACUGCAUUUAUGAUCAUGAUGCGUGUUAGUAAAGAUGAAAUUCGUCGAAAAAUUCGUCGAAUGUUGGGCCGAUGCCAUAUUGGUCUGACUAUGAGUCAACAAGUGAAUGAAUUGAUUGAUAAUAUAUCAAAUCUAAAUGGAAAUGAUGUGGAUUUAAGGCCAGUUGGAAGUCGUCUUUUGCAAAAGCAGAGUUUUACUGUACAUUGGGGAACUGAUAAUACGGGUGACAUGCUAUUUAUGGAGGUUUGGGACGAUUGUCUUAUACUCCGAAGUGUAAUGGGUGAAGUGCAUGAUCGUUGUUGGUUUGAGAAAAUAGUAAACAUGACAUUUUCACCGAAGACAAGAGUACUCUGUCUAUGGAGGAAAGUCGAUGGUGAAACACAAUUAACUAAAUUCUAUACUAAACGAUGUCGAGAUUUGUACUUUGCAAUCAAAGAAACGAUGGAGAAAGCAGCUUCGAGAAUGAAAGGAACGUUACCAGGCCAAGAAGUCGGUGGAGAAUUUCCAAUUAAAGAUUUGAGUACGGGCGAAGGUGGACUCAUACAAGUUUGUCUUGAAGGCAUUUGUUUGACUUUUGAGAAUGAAAAAGAGUUCAUUGAAUUGCAAAAAAUUCGAAAAUGUACAACCCAAAAAGGCGAUAUCUUCGUUCUCGAAGAAUUUGAUUCCACUUCUAAACAACUGCGCAUCCGAAAAUACAAAUCUUCUAUGAUUCAUCCCUAUUUCAUCCUUGCCAUUAGCCAAGAUAUUCUGAUCGCCUGCGCAAAUCAACAAAUUCCUCUGACGACGAUGCGACUUACAAUAUUCGCUAUUUUCUGUGGUUUGUUUAUCAUCUUAUCAGUACAAGCACGUUCGAUCCCACCUGACGGAAGUCAGUCGUCCUUCGAAGAAUAUUUGAAACAAUUGGUUUUAUCCGAAAAUGAAGAUUCAGAAGAUCGUACUCAGUUUGUAUCUAAUAUCGAAGAAAAUAUGAGCCCAAAAGUCAAACGAGGUUUCUUCUUUUUCCCCGAACGACGUUCUACGAAACGGUACUAUCGUCCAAUCUAUUCUUACGGACGUAAAUCUCAUUGGGACACAUUUUUUGGAUAG